UGUUGUCUAUCAAGCUUCAGAGCGGCCAGAAAUGAUCUUGAGAGAGCUCAGUUGAUGGAGCAGGCAUUUCAGCAGGAAGCAUGAUGUUGGCAAGGUUGAAGCAUACCAAACAUAGUGUCGUUUUAUUGGUGGAUGACCGUAAACCUAGUGGUCUGGUGUAUUGUGACUGAAUAUGCAAAAGGGGGAUCUGUGCGUCAGUUUCUGGCCAGGAGACAAAAUCGAUCAGUGCCCUUGAAGUUAGCGGUGAAGCAGGCAUUAGACGUGGCAAGGGGGAUGGAAUAUGUACAUGGCCUGAAUCUGAUACAUCGUGACCUGAAAUCUGACAAUCUACUGAUUGCUGCGGACAAGUCGAUCAAGAUUGCGGAUUUUGGGGUUGCUCGUAUUGAAGUGCAGACUGAAGGAAUGACACCAGAGACUGGAACAUACCGCUGGAUGGCUCCGGAGAUGAUCCAGCAUCGAGCUUACACCCACAAAGUCGAUGUUUAUAGUUUUGGCAUCGUUCUGUGGGAACUCAUAACAGGGAUGCUUCCCUUCCAGAAAAUGACUGCUGUGCAGGCAGCUUUUGCUGUUGUCAACAAAGGUGUUCGUCCAGCAAUCCCCAAUGAUUGUUUGCCUGUCCUAAGUGAGAUCAUGACCCGCUGCUGGGAUGCUAACCCUGAUAAUAGGCCACCAUUCUCUCAAGUGGUCAGAAUGCUCGAGGUCGCAGAGACAGAGAUCAUGACAACUGUCAGAAAGGCCCGUUUUAGGUGCUGCAUAAGCCAACCGAUGACUACUGAUUAAUGCGGGAAGAGGAAUCUAGAAGCAGUAAGAACAGGAGUAAAGAAUUUGGGAAGCCCAAAAAACAGCUGAUUUUAAGUCCUUUAUGUGUAUCUAUUAGGCAUAAUUUCUUUGUUCGAUAGGAAAGAGACUAAGUUAUGAGAACUCUUUGUUUCUUUGUUGUAUCCUUUUAACCUCCCCUCUUUUCUCUUUUGAUUUAAGAUGCUGAUAAGUAGUAGAAGAGAGGGCUGAUGUGUAUCAUACCGGUCCUUUUAUGGCAUUGUAGACCUUAUCUUUUGUUGUUAUUAAGUUUGAAUGUAUAAGGUCCUGAAGAAGUUACUCUCUGA